UCUCUUACCUCCUUGAUGUUCGGCACUAUUUGUGGCCAGCGUGGUGGAAGGACACAGUGAGGUUCUCACCCCCGUCCCCCGCUCCCAUCCCCAGUUCCAUCAAAGCGAACCCGGGCCAGCGCAAGGAUCUCCGAGUUGCGAGUGUGCUGAGGCUGGGACUGUCACUCAUUCUCCGAUCAGCGCGUGAACGCAGCUCGGCAGCCGCUGGCAGGAAACAAUUCUGCAAAAAUAAUCAUACUCAGCCUGGCAAUUGUCUGCCCCUAGGUCUGUUGCUCUGCCGCCGUCCACACUCGCUGCAAAGGGGGGCACAGAAUUUACCGCGGUGAGAACAUCCCUCCCCGACAGCAGAUUACAAUGCUGCAAACUAAGGAUCUCAUCUGGACUUUGUUUUUCCUGGGAACUGCAGUUUCUCUGCAGGUGGACAUCGUUCCCAGCCAAGGGGAAAUCAGCGUUGGAGAGUCCAAAUUCUUCUUAUGCCAAGUAGCGGGAGAUGCCAAAGACAAAGACAUAUCCUGGUUCUCCCCCAACGGAGAAAAGCUCAGCCCGAACCAGCAGCGGAUUUCAGUGGUGUGGAAUGACGACUCUUCCUCCACGCUCACCAUCUACAAUGCGAACAUCGAUGAUGCUGGCAUUUACAAGUGUGUCGUCACUGGAGAGGAUGGCAGUGAGUCUGAGGCCACCGUCAACGUGAAGAUCUUCCAAAAGCUUAUGUUCAAGAAUGCGCCAACCCCGCAGGAGUUCAAGGAGGGAGAAGACGCCGUGAUCGUGUGUGACGUGGUCAGCUCUCUGCCCCCAACCAUCAUCUGGAAGCACAAAGGCCGAGACGUCAUCCUGAAAAAAGAUGUCCGAUUCAUAGUCCUGUCCAACAACUACCUGCAGAUCCGGGGCAUCAAGAAAACAGAUGAGGGCACUUACCGCUGUGAGGGCAGAAUCCUGGCGCGGGGAGAGAUCAACUUCAAGGACAUUCAGGUGGUUGUGAACGUGCCACCCACUGUCCAGGCCAGGCAGAGCAUUGUGAAUGCCACCGCCAACCUGGGCCAGUCUGUCAGCCUGGUGUGUGACGCAGAUGGCUUUCCAGAACCCACCAUGAGCUGGACAAAGGAUGGGGAACCGAUAGAGAAUGAGGAAGAAGAUGAGAAGUACAUCUUCAGUGAUGACAGUUCCGAGCUGACCAUCAGGAAAGUGGACAAGAAUGAUGAAGCCGAGUACGUCUGCAUUGCUGAGAACAAGGCUGGCGAGCAGGAUGCCUCCAUCCACCUCAAGGUCUUUGCGAAACCCAAAAUCACAUAUGUAGAAAAUCAGACUGCCAUGGAGCUGGAAGAGCAGGUCACUCUCACCUGCGAAGCCUCGGGAGACCCCAUUCCCUCCAUCACCUGGAGAACUUCCACCCGAAACAUCAGCAGCGAAGAAAAGGCUUCGUGGACUCGACCAGAGAAGCAAGAGACUCUGGAUGGGCACAUGGUGGUGCGUAGCCACGCCCGAGUGUCAUCCCUGACCCUGAAAAGCAUCCAGUACACAGACGCAGGAGAGUACAUCUGCACAGCCAGCAACACCAUCGGCCAGGACUCGCAGUCUAUGUACCUUGAAGUGCAAUAUGCCCCCAAGCUCCAGGGCCCUGUGGCGGUCUACACUUGGGAAGGGAACCAGGUGAACAUCACCUGCGAGGUAUUUGCCUAUCCAAGUGCUACCAUCUCCUGGUUCCGAGACGGCCAGCUGCUGCCAAGCUCCAACUACAGCAAUAUCAAGAUCUACAACACCCACUCUGCCAGCUAUCUGGAGGUCACCCCAGACUCUGAAAAUGACUUUGGAAACUACAAUUGUACUGCAGUGAACCGCAUUGGGCAGGAGUCCUUGGAGUUCAUCCUCGUGCAAGCAGACACCCCGUCUUCACCAUCCAUCGACCAGGUGGAGCCAUACUCUAGCACAGCACAGGUGCAGUUUGAUGAGCCAGAGGCCACCGGUGGAGUGCCUAUCCUCAAAUACAAGGCCGAAUGGAGAGCACUGGGUGAAGAAGUGUGGCAUUCCAAGUGGUAUGAUGCCAAAGAAGCCAACAUGGAAGGCAUUGUCACUAUCAUGGGCCUGAAGCCGGAAACAACCUACGCGGUCCGGCUGGCAGCCCUCAACGGCAAGGGGCUGGGAGAGAUUAGCGCGGCCUCCGAGUUCAAGACGCAGCCAGUCCAAGGGGAGCCCAGUGCGCCUAAGCUGGAAGGGCAGAUGGGAGAAGACGGGAACUCCAUUAAGGUGAACUUGAUCAAACAGGACGACGGUGGCUCCCCCAUCAGACACUAUCUGGUGAAGUACCGGGCGCUCUCCUCCGAUUGGAAACCAGAGAUCAGGCUCCCGUCUGGCAGUGACCAUGUCAUGCUCAAGUCGCUGGACUGGAACGCCGAGUACGAAGUCUCCGUGGUGGCUGAGAACCAGCAAGGAAAAUCCAAGCCGGCUCAUUUCAUGUUCAAGACCUCAGCCCAGCCCACAGCCAUCCCAGCCAAUGGUAGCCCUACAGCAGGCCUGAGCACUGGGGCCAUCGUGGGCAUCCUCAUUGUCAUCUUUGUCCUGCUCCUGGUGGUUGUGGACAUCACCUGCUACUUCCUGAACAAGUGCGGCCUGCUUAUGUGCAUCGCUGUCAACCUGUGUGGAAAAGCUGGGCCCGGAGCCAAGGGCAAGGACAUGGAGGAGGGCAAGGCUGCAUUCUCGAAAGAUGAAUCCAAGGAGCCCAUCGUGGAAGUUCGAACCGAGGAGGAGCGGACCCCUAACCAUGAUGGAGGGAAACAUACAGAGCCCAAUGAGACCACCCCGCUGACAGAGCCCGAGAAGGGCCCAGUAGAAGCAAAGUCGGAGUGCCAGGAGUCAGAAACAAAGCCAGCGCCAGCCGAAGUCAAGACGGUCCCCAAUGACGCCACACAAACCACAGCGGAGAACGAGAGCAAAGCAUGACGGGUGGUGAGCAGCGAGCAGAGAUCAAAAUAAAAAGUGACAGCAGCUUCACCAGAGCGUCUCCAAUGCCACACACACACACACACACACACACACACACACACACACACACAAAUCUCAUUCCUCUAGUGUCUUUUGCCUUUAAAAAAAAAAAAAACUAAACAGAUAAACACGGGAUCUCCUUUUUGUAGGUCUAUAGAAAGGGCUCCUUUGUUGCGCGUUCACUUGUAAGAAAAUGAGACAAAAAGGUUAAACCCACAGCCAAACUAGGACACUCCGUUCCCUGAAACCAUUUAAAAAUCAAACAAAAGGACCCCAAAUUAAGAAUCUAGGAAGCUCAGAAAAAAAAAAAAAAUAAGAAAGAAAUCUAGGUUCAGGAAGACCACACUUGGUGUUACCCAAUUGGCAUAGACCAGUUUCAGAGAAAUACUUUCAGGCACUAAGACUAACCGAAUGAACAAAGUCCACAGUUUAUUUUUAUACUUUUAGUCAAGUUCAGACUCUGUAAAACCUCAUAAAUAAGUUAUAAUUUCUGUUCACUUUGUAUUUGUUCAGUAUGCAAAGUGUGUCACCCUUACUAGCUGAAUUCAGUUCCCACAUAGACUCGUUUUGUAGAAGAAUGCCAAAUUGCAGCUUCUGGGGAUAGAUCUCAAUCUGCAGUAUUCACACUUCUUUUGCUUUCUUUUUCUUUCCAUUGUUUUUAUUGGGUUCUUUUCUUUUUCCUUCCUUUCUGCCAACUUUGUUUUCCAGUGUUUACAAGUUGACAAAUGUUUGACUUCGGUUGUGUUGAAAUGUCCAUGUAAAAUAGUUGCCUUUUUUUUUUUUUUUUUUUUUUUUUAAAGUAACUGAUAAUCGCCUAGAGGUUGAUGGGAUCAUCACAGGCUUGCGUCAGCACAGGGCACCAAGAAAAAAGAUGACUGUUUACAGUGGCUCUUCCCCCAUCCCAUUGUGAUUGUCAUUUUUUCGCCUGUGUCCAACUCAGGUGAAGAAGAUCCGUCUCAUUGUGGAAUGGCUUGGCCUUUAGAGCUGGGAUUCUUUUGUGUUUCUUUGGGGGUUAGAAGACUUUCGGAUGAGCUGCCACUUGCCUGUGUCUGUGACAGGCCCUGCCUCCCGGGCGUCCACGCCCUUCCUUCUGAAGGACUCCUUAGGCUUUGUUGAAUGAAGCAGAGAAGAUUGUAUAGUUGGGGCUGGUCUUGGUGAACACACAUUUUUACCCCAAACAUCCCCUGUUUGUAGAAAACCAAAUAAAAUACAUACAUACCAUUUCCUUUUGAGCCCGGAAUCUAGAUUUGAGCGGAAGAGCAUGUGUGCUUCAGGGAAUUAGUGUCUUUUUUUGGAAAUCUGUUGAAGUAAAGUAACAUCAGCCUUCUGUUCACUUAGGCAGCAUUUGUAGAAACAAACAAACAAACAAACCUAUUGUCUGGAGUCAUAACACAACUUUCCUGGAUUGGAAACCAAGUGGGGGGAAAACACAGAAACUUUAAGGGGGAUGGGAGGGGGGAGAAGGGAAAAGCCAGCCCUUUGUAUAGAAAUUUUGCUUUUGUUUCUCAUUCUACUUUAGAACUGCAAGCUUGUGCACUGUGGAUGCGUGAAUAUUUUAGUGUGAAACGUGUUUUUGUCAUAGUAUUGAAAUAAAACUUCAACAUAGUUUGGUUGUGGAAGGUAUAGCAGAUAGUUCAGAAAAAUAUUCAGGAAACAAAAAUAAUUCUUAUAAGGAAUCGAAGCCUUUAAACCAAGACAAUGAAAUAUAGACGAAGAUGAGGAGGAGGAGGAGGAUGCUAAGUCAGCUGAAAUCGAUCCUCUGGCACGAGUUCAUUUCCUAAGGUGCAAAGCAACAAGAGUUUAGGGUGGCAAGACCGCCUCUGCUUCUACUCCGGGCUGUGCACCCCCAUGUCCUGACGCUUCCGCAGGCCAAUCAGUGGCGAUGCUAGAUUAUCAUUUCAAACUGUGAAAAAUAAAGGUCUUGUCAUUUGCUAAAUGUGGGGUUAUUUUGCAUUUUCUCAGCUCCUGGGGAUGGAAAUGGAGGAUCCCAGAAUAUGCAGUGCUGGCCCCUUUGAUUCUAGGGCCCACAGAGAUCUGUAGUUCAAAGGCACAGGCCCUUGGGAAACAGUAUCGAAGGGAGACAGCUCUUUGAGCACAAGCAGAAUUAGAAAGUGGGCACCGGAGACAGAGAGGGACUGGUGGUGAGGGGUGGACACUCUGGUCAUGAGCUGUUCAGUGGCAUCAGUUUCUCAUCUUAGGACCUUAGUGUUUUGACCAGCGAGGCCACAGCCAUGCUACACCUCCUAGAGACCACAUAUUUCACUGUACGUGGUUGUGGUUGAACAACCCAAUUUGGGUUCUGAUGCUUAUGUAGAAUCAACCCUCAGACAGUCUGGCCCAGGGCAGCUGACUCCCCAGCCCCACCCCAGAACCCCGGCCCUGCCAUGGGCUGAUACCCAAGACUGCCCACACUUCAGUCUGCCUCUCUUGUGUUAGACGUUCAUUUGUCUCAGCAUGCGUGAACUUUCCUUUCUUUCUUUUAUUUUGUAAAGAUCAAUGCUUUCUAUAAAUUCAAAGAGUCACUUUAUUUUCAAGAUGUCCUAUCUUUUAUGUUAAGAGAUAAAAGCAUAUGGUUUUCCUUUUCAAAUUCUCCAGAGGAGACACCAACUCCGUCAGUUUCAGUGUCGGUGUGUCUAUAUGUGUAUGUGCCGUACAUAUGUAUUCACAUAAAGAUCGUCAUGGCCAAGUUCUGCGGGAGGGCACUCGGGUGCCGUGAGCAGGGUCUCCUACUCCUGAAGGGCCUGGUGUAUAUAGUGCAGCUUUGAAGUGGAGCUCUAUUUUCACACUUUUCUAUGGAACCUUCCAUGUCCCAGCUCUUCGCCCUAGGCUGUCUGUCUAGAUGGUGGUUUUCAGACCUCCAUUAACAUCCCUACCCAACAUUCUGUACUUUGGGGGCCUUCUCUCUUGUUAUAAAAACUUUUUACCAAGUGAAACAUCAACACCACCUUUGUUUCCAUUCUCACUGGUGUAAAUACUGAGUACUAACUGAGAAUUUUGACUUUGCAUUUGGUCAGAAUACUUGUGUUCAAUAAAAACUGAAAGAAAAAA